GGCGCUCGGCCUCCCAGAAGGCACCGCGCCCCCGCCGUCCUCCUCAACUGAAGGAGGCGCCCUCCAAUCGUCGCCUGCGGCCUGUGAGGACACUCGGAAGGGCGAGGGGAGGGGUCGGCAUCUCGCUCCCAAUUUCCCGGUCUCUCCUCGAGCCUGUGUCUCCUGGCGGUCCCCAGCGAGCGGCCCGGGGUCGCAGAGCCGCCGAGAGCUUGGCUGUAUGACAAAUUUCCUUCAGUAAGAGGUGACUCUCAGAGCUCUUCAGAAACGAGUGUGGUGUGUGAUUCAAGGCACAAUGGCUGCAAAAGUGGUUCCCAUGCGUCUCAAGUCAAAGCGGUCCUUUAUACUGAGAGUUCCUCCAGACUCCAGGCUGAGCCAAGACCUACAUCGAGAUGCUACAAGUGGGCCCAAGACCAUCCAUCAGCUGGUUCUGGAGCACUUCCUCACCUUCUUACCCAAGUCAAGCCUGAACCAGCCCAAUAAGAAAGUCAGGGAGACCCUGGUUAUUAUGAAGGAUGUGAGCGCAAACUUUCGGAACAGAGGGCAGCCUCGUCCCUUAGUGAGGCUUCUGUCCAAAGAAGGAAUCCAGCAGAAACAGCAAAUAGUUUCUCUCUUUUUGAAGGCUGAGCCAGAGGAGCUGGUGGUCUUGGAGGAUUUGAAUGUAUUUUACUCUCAAGAAGAAUGUAUAAGCCUGGAACCUGCUCAACAGCCCACCUCAGAGAAAGAAGAAGGCAGUGUUGGGGAGAUGAAGUUACUGGUCAAUGACAUAAAUCCUGAGGGCGAAGAUUUUCAGAAAGAACUUGUAGAGAAUGAUGAUCAUGGAGAAAAAUCUUUAGAUUGUAAUGAAAUGGAUUGUUCCAUGGUCUCUGAGCAACCUCCAGAUUGCCAUAAAGAAGACAUAUCCAUCCCAAAGAAAAGGAAAAUGAGAAAUCUUCUAGUUACCAUUGAAAAUGAUGCUCCAUUAGAGGAACUCUCAAAAUAUGUGGAUAUCAAUGUUAUUGCACUUACCUGCAAUCAGAGAACAAGAAGAUGGUACACUUGUCCACUGUGUGGGAAACAGUUCAAUGAAAGUUCUUACCUUAUUUCCCACCAGAGGACUCACACUGGAGAAAAACCCUACGACUGUAGUCACUGUGGGAAAAGCUUCAAUCAUAAAACAAACCUUAAUAAACAUGAACGAAUCCAUACAGGAGAGAAACCUUAUUCAUGUUCUCGGUGUGGGAAAAAUUUUCGUCAGAAUUCUCAUCGGAGUCGCCAUGAAGGAAUCCAUAUAAGGGAGAAGAUAUUUAAGUGUCCAGAGUGUGGGAAAACCUUCCCAAAGAAUAAAGAAUAUGUGCUUCAUCUGCAGAGUCAUGGUGCUAAGAGGCCAUAUGGUUGCAAAAAAUGUGGAAGAAGAUUUGGUCGGAUGUCGAACUGUACCCGGCAUGAAAAAAUCCACUCGUCACGUAAGACCCGAAAGCAGAAGUGGGAUCAGGAAAGGUCUGAUGGUCCUGCUUCAACCUGAAGGGUGUUAUAAGGAAUUCUAAAUGCACAGGCUGUCAGAAAAGAUAGAGAUAUGUGAAAACCUCAUUAAGCCAAAAUGGGAUCAAUACCAUCUUGGCUAAAACCUCAAAUUUUUAGAAUUUCACAGGAAAAAACAUCCUCAAGGGCUAUACCUCAGUUAGCAUCCAGGCAUUCUGGACUAAGGAACUUUAUUUUGUGAAUUUAUAGAACAAUGUACAGGUCAUAGAUCCCUUUCCCAAAAAUGGCUUAGGAAUUCACACUUAAGAGAAAUAAUGCAAAGAUCCUUAUCUGGAACUGAGUUUCCCUGAGAGAAUCAAACUACUGAUUGAUUAAGCCAACAGCUUCUGUUGGCAAUUCAUAUAACCCUCUAAGAACACCCUGUUGAAGCUUGAGUGUUGAAAGAGAUUGUUUACUUUGGAAUAUAGGAAAAUACAGCAAUUGAAUGUUGAAGACUUGCUCUCAUUUGUGAUUGAAGCAAACACUUUCAAUAACCUUUAUAUUUUGUGGUAAAAACUGACUUUUACAGAAAUCCUUUUCACAACAUGAUUUAAAAGUGACUGCUGUUCUUACUGUAUUUUGUUCAGCUACUAAAUGCCCAGACAGCUCUCACAUGCCUUUCCCUUGCCAAAAGAAGUUUGGGUUGCUCAGGCCUGGCCACCCGGCCCCACCACUGGAGAAGCUCUUCAGAGUCUUGUCCCAUUGCUGAGCCAAGAAGAACACCUACUAGGAAAGAAACCCAAAAGCCUGAGAGGAAGAGAUUUUGGCUUGAAUCCAUGGCUUGUCAAUAACCUUACCAUAUGUUUAAUUCCCCUCUAAGCAGUCAUCAGACCUUUGAAUGGGUGGUCACUACCUCAGAAGCAAAAUGUUUUAUUUUUAGAAAUUAUGUCACCAGUGGCUAGCUCACAUGGCCCCUCAAGAGAAGGGAUUCGUGUCUUCAUUAUAGUGGAUCUUUGUUCUCUUUGGCCUCCUUGAUAUCCAGACUUGCUUGACUUGUCUGUCCAGUGGUGCCUUCACAGGUCUUACCUGUGAUGUGUGAUUUUUUUUAAUGCAUUUUAUUAUCAAUAAUCUACAAUUACAUGAAGAACAUUAUGUUUACUAGACUCCCCUCUUCACCAAGUCACCCCCCCACCCCAUUAC